AUGAAUUUCCUCCGGCGGCGUCUCUCAGACAGUAGUUUUGUGGCAAAUCUGCCCAAUGGCUACAUGAUGGACUUGCAGCGCCCUGACAGCUCCACAAGCUCCCCAGUUUCUCCUGCCAUGGAGAGAAAACAUCCACAGCCACCACAGCCCUCACACUCUCCCUCUACUGGCACCAGCAUCUUCAGCUCCAUCUCCAGUGCCAUGAAGCAAACCACGCAAGCGGCUGCAGGACUAAUUGACCACUCGGCCAGUCCUACACCACCUGUGGCCCAGAAACCCAGGAUUCUCCUGGUGAUUGAUGAUGCACACACAGACUGGGCCAAAUACUUCCAGGGGAAGAAGGUGAAUGGAGAAUUUGAUAUCCGAGUGGAACAGGCUGAGUUUGCCGAGCUGAACCUGGCUGCUUAUGUCAUGGGCGGCUGCAUGGUGGACAUGCAGGUGAUGAGGAACGGCACCAAGGUGGUAAGCAGGUCCUUUAAGCCAGACUUUGUCCUGAUCCGGCAGCACGCGUACAGCAUGGCGCUGGGAGAGGACUUCCGCAGCCUUAUCAUCGGCCUCCAGUAUGGUGGCAUCCACACGGUCAACUCCCUCUACUCCAUCUACAACUUCUGCAGUAAACCUUGGGUGUUCUCUCAGCUUAUUAAAAUCUUCAACUCGCUGGGUCCUGAGAAGUUCCCCCUCGUGGAGCAGACUUUCUUCCCAAGCCAUAAGCAGAUGGUGAGUAUCCUUGUUUUCUUCUGA